AUGUCUCUAACCGCUCUCGGGGAGGUCUUGCAAGGGGGUUUCGUUGGGAAGCCAGGGAAGCAAAUGUCCGCGUUGGUCUCCAGACUGGUCUCUGGGAGGAUGCCUGCCGGGUUCAAUCAAAAUGCCAUCCAGGACUACUUGCAAUCACGAUGGGGUCUGAGCAAAGGGCAUUCCACUAUUCCUAUGUGCUUCGCGACAACGAUCGAGCCGCAAACCCGAUUGCCAAACUUGGAAACGGCUCAGACAUAUUUCGAUGAACUAGUUAACCGCUAUGGCGCCUUUCAAGGGGUCGAUUUCAUUGCCGCAACUGACCAAAACAACCAGAAUUCGAGGCGUCAGUCGAUGGUCAUUGACUCUGCCAGCCUUGAGGUUCUGAACAAAGACCAGCGAGAUUUCCAGCGCAAACAAUUGAAUUUACUAGCGAAGCAUCUUCACAUAAAUAUUGAAAAUCAGACCGCAGACGCGCAAAUUGAAACGCGGGAAUUGGAAAAAAGGCUGCAGCAAUGGGAUGCGGAGUUGGACGAUCAAUUCUUCCAGGGUAUUCAACCGCUUUUCGAUGCGAACAAAGCUCGGCAGUAUGAUUCGUGGUGGAACUGGGCUCGAGAGGAGCUUAUCAGCUGGGUGAACGUAAUCUCCCAAAACCGCGCUAAUGUUAAGCACUCCAGCAUGGACCAUCAGCUGCAUAGGACGUUGAAUCGAUGGGAACCAAGUUGCACAAACAUAAUCAGGGCUUUCCUGGACACGACUGACUCAGGUCAAUCAAUGAGCUCCGACGUUCGCGCGACGUUAAGUGAGAUUAUCUUUAGUGGGACCCAAGCCCAGCUUGUCGAACCCACCUUCAUUUACACUGAACCACCACUUGGUCCGAAAACUGUCGUUUCAAGCACAGGCCGUCUGGAGUAUCAAGAGAUUCGGCGCACAACCGGCAAUUACACCGAUAUUGUUCGGCACGGGCGCGCGAUCUCCAAAGACAGAACCUCAGUGGUCCCGUUUGUUCACAUAAAGACUCGCCGCGACGAAGAGGAGUGGGAGUACGAUGCAGACAUGACAGAGGCAUAUCUUGAGACCUUGUAUGUAGGAGCUACAACUGGUCUGACAUAUAGUGGCAAGGCGGUGCUCGUCACUGGUGCUGGACCGGACUCGAUCGGGGCCAAGGUAGUACAGGGUCUGCUCGUCGGCGGCGCGCGAGUGGUUGUCACCACCAGCCGGGCUGUCUCGGAUUGCGCUCCAUUCUACCAGAGAGUCUACCGCAAAUAUGGAGCACGAGGCUCGUCUUUGACGCUUCUUCCGAUGAAUCAAGCCAGCAAACAAGAUUGCGACGCACUGGUGGAAUAUAUAUAUGGCGAUGACUCCCCGACUGGUGGCGACCUGGACUAUGUCGUACCAUUCGCCGCGAUUCCUCAGACAGGAGAGCUUGACACGUUGAACGGCAAGCAUGAGCUAGCAUUCAGGGCCAUGCUAACCAACAUUAUGCGACUCACCGGUCUCGUACGGCGAGCUAAAGAGAAACAUCGCAUCGACACUCGGCCCACAAUGAUCAUACUCCCGAUGUCCUGCAAUGAGGGUACAUUUGGUGGGGACGGGCUGUACGGUGAAUCCAAACUUGGCCUGAAAACAUUAUUCAACCGAUUUCACUCCGAGAACUGGUCAACGUAUAUCACUGUAUGCGGGGCGGUUAUUGGCUGGACCAGAGGCACUGGAUUGAUGCGGACAUCCAACAUGCUGGCUGCGGAGAUGGAGAAAAUCGGUGUUAUCACAUUUACCCAGGCCGAGAUGGCAUUCAAUAUACUUGGCUUGAUGACGCCCAAAAUUGCAGUGUUUGCCGAAGACUCCCCGGUGUAUGCAGAUCUGACGGGCGGAUUUGGGGGGAUGUGGAACGUGAAGCAGCAGAUUACUGCAGCGCGUCACAGACUGUCCGAUGAGCUUGACCUACGAAACGCGCUUGCAGAAGAGGACGCCCGUCAACAUGAGGUCGCGUUUGGACCCCAACAUCAGACUGACGAGUCCAGACCAAUAAAACGAGCAAACCUAAACCUCGGGUUCCCUCAUUUGGUGAACCAUGAAUUACUGGUGACCAGCGGCCUUCCCCGACUCGAGGGAAUGAUCGAUUUGUCGCGGACAGUGGUCGUGGUCGGAUUCUCCGAGCUAGGCCCUUGGGGUAAUGCUCGUACUCGAUGGGAGAUGGAACAUCAAGGGCAGUUCUCGCUCGAGGGCUAUCUAGAGAUGGCAUGGAUCAUGGGAUUGAUCAAGCAUGUUGAUGGUGAACUGAAAGGUGAGCCAUACGUGGGCUGGGUAGACACAGAGACGGAGUCGCCCGUGAACGACAGCGACGUUCCUCACAAAUACCACGAGCAUAUCAUGAAACACGUCGGCUUAAGGCUGAUCAGCCCAGAUGAACGAGACGGGUAUGACCCCUCUCGAAAGGAAUACCUACACGAGGUAGCAGUAGAAGAAGAUCUUCCUCCCUUUGAAUGUUCCAAGACAACAGCCGAGGCAUUCAGACUGCGUCAUGGCAGCAACGUGAGCUUGCACCCGAUCGCAGAAAGCGACAAUUGCCGUGUUUUUGUGAAGAAGGGCACAGUCUUGAUGAUCCCCAAGAGAAUUCCGUUUGAUCAGGUGGUAGCCGGUAGAAUCCCGACGGGGUGGGACCCACUGCGGUAUGGAAUUCCGGAGGAUAUUGUGCGACAGGUUGACGACACGACAUUGUAUACACUUUGCUGUGUAUCCGAAGCUUUUCUGGCAGCCGGUAUCCAUGAUCCUUACGAAAUUUACCAGCAUAUCCAUGUCUCUGAAGUGGCAAAUUGUCUCGGUACUGGUGGAGGGCCGAUGAAAGCCAUUCGCAGUCUUUAUCGCGACCGUUUCCUUGACCGGUCUGUGAGAGGUGAUAUUAUUCUAGAGCACUUCCUCAACACUACCGGAGCAUGGGUCAACAUGUUGCUGCUCUCCGCCGCGGGACCAAUAAAGACACCUGUCGGAGCAUGUGCGACUGCGCUUGAGUCUUUGGAUACCGGCUGCGACGCCAUCCAAACUGGAAAAUGCAAGGUGGCGAUUGUAGGAGGUUGCGACGACUAUACCGAGGAGCUUGCAUACGAGUUUUCCAAUAUCAAGGCAACUGCAAACGGCACGGAGGAGCUGGCCAAGGGACGUCUUCCGAAUGAAAUCUCUCGGCCCACUGCGAGUUCACGUAGCGGGUUCGCGGAAUCGGCGGGCAGCGGUGUGCAGAUUCUUAUGACUGCCCAGCUGGCUUUGGACAUGGGCUUGCCAAUAUAUGGCAUUCUCGCCUACAACCAGAUGGCGGGUGAUCAGAUCGGUCGCUCCAUUCCCGCGCCCGGAAAGGGUGUUUUGACAGCAGCACGGGAAGCCCCGGAAGCAAGGAGCUCGGCGCUGCGAGACUUUGAUUUCCGGCGCGCUCAGUUUGACGCAGAUGUUGCGAGUCUCCAGCGCUGUCAGUCACUGAGACCCCCGGACGUGUCCCCAGAGCGGGAUGAGCGGAGAGAGCAUCUGUUUUCACUGAGAACGAAAGAGAUCCAAAAUCGUUGGACGAGUCAGAUUCGCCUACAGGAGCCUUCUAUUGCUCCCAUGAAUGCGGCACUGGCGAACUGGGGUCUGACUGUUGAAGAUAUCGCCGUUGUCUCGAUGCAUGGGACUUCAACCAAAGCCAACGAGAUCAAUGAAGGUGAUGUUAUCAACACGCAGAUGGACCAUCUUGGGCGUCGCAAAGGAAAUCCACUGCUCUGUGUUUGUCAAAAGUCACUUACUGGCCAUCCCAAGGCUGCUGCAGGGGCGUGGCAGUUGAAUGGCUGCAUGCAGAUCAUCCGCGACCGAAUCGUGCCUGGCAACCGUAACGCCGACAAUGUUGAUGAGCAGCUGAGGCAAUACGAGCAUUUAGUGUAUCCAAUGGAGUCAAUUCACACGACGGACAUCAAUGCAGUCAUGAUCACAUCCUUCGGGUUCGGCCAGAAAGGGGCAAUCAGUAUCAUUGUCGCACCCAAAUACCUCUUCGCCUCUCUGUCAUCCACGGGCUAUGAGCAUUAUCGGGACCGUGUCAAACAACGACAACGCUUCACCAACCCCGAAUUUGUGUCACGCGUACUCAAGCAAUCGCUGGUCCAAGUUAAAAGCCAGCCACCCUGGAAGGACUCGGAGACCAUGCGGAGGGUCCUUCUGGACCCUAACAGCCGUCUCAUGGGAGACCAGUAUACUUUUAGCAAAGAGCCCAGCCAUGCCCAAGUAUGCCCCAAGGCCAGUGACUUCUCGGGAACCUCAGUUAAAGACCGUGACCCCACCGAGUCUGAUACUGUGACCAGCCUCGUCCAAUCGAUGCUUGACGAGGUGAGCCGGCGAUCCAGCACAUCACCAAUCGCGGGCGUGGGUGUCGAUGUCGAAAGCAUCAGCAGUGUCAAUACGGAAAAUUCGACUUUUAUCGAGCGCAAUUUCACACCGGCCGAGAGAGACUAUUGUUCGAAAGCGGCCGACCCACGGUCUUCUUUUGCCGGUCGCUGGAGCGCCAAGGAGGCAGUUUUCAAGAGCCUACAAACUCAAUCCAUGGGCGCAGGAGCCGCCAUGCAAGAGAUUGAGAUUAUUAGCAAUCGCGGGAUUCCCAUGGUCAUGGUAAAUCUAGAACGCUCCGGUUAA